AUGGGCACACCGAUUGAUGAUAACGUCAUUGAGGGACUUCAGCACGAAGAUGAGGAACCAGGGCUUGUAAUUUUUGGCCGUGACGUUUCCAAGAUUCCAUGCUUUCGAAACUCCUUCCUCACCGGCAUCUACGGCGGAGUGGGCUGCGGUAUUGCUUCAUUUCUCGCUACAAGCCGUGCGGCACAGUCGACCCACAUUUCGGUAGUUUCAUUUACCGUCAUCACAUUGGGCUUUUGGUUCAACUGUCGGCGACAGUGGGCCAAAGAUUACUUUAACAUGAAGCAGGCAGAAGACAGCUUUCCAGAGGAGAUUGAAGCCAUCAAGGCGAGAAAGAUACCUAAGGAGCAGACUAUUCAGAAGACCAGCUAG